AUGCGUGGCGCGGUGCUGGUGGCCAUCGCCGCGGCGAUCGGCAACAUGCUGCAGGGAUGGGACAACGCCACCAUCGCGGGCGCCGUCCUCUACAUCAAGCGCGACUUCCACCUCGAGUCCCAGCCCGCCGUGGAGGGCCUCCUCGUCGCCACCUCCCUCGUCGGCGCCACCCUCAUCACCACCUUCUCCGGGCCCGUCUCCGACUCCGUCGGCCGCCGCCCCAUGCUCAUCGCCUCCUCGCUGCUCUACUUCCUCGCGGGCCUCCUCAUGCUCUGGUCCCCCGGCGUGCACGUCCUCCUCCUCGCGCGCCUCGUCGACGGCUUCGCCAUCGGACUCGCCGUCACGCUCGUCCCGGUCUACAUCUCCGAGACGGCGCCGCCCGAGAUCCGCGGCCUCCUCAACACGCUCCCGCAGUUCACGGGAUCCGGCGGCAUGUUCCUCGCCUACUGCAUGGUCUUCUCCAUGACGCUGGCACCGCAACCGGACUGGCGCCUCAUGCUCGGCGUCCUCUCCUCCUCUCCCUCCUCUACCUGCUCCUCACCGUCUGCUACCUCCCGGAGUCCCCGCGCUGGCUCGUCAGCAAGGGCAGGAUGA